UUGCAGAUCAUCUACUUCAAACUUUUUACGCCCCAAUCUAGACAACUAGUGUGACAACGAGACGUCUGCACAGUGUUCAAACCAGAAGCCACAAUGAACACCACCACCACAACCACAAGCACCAAAUCACAGCUCCUACUUUAUGCGCUGCUGCUCACAGCCACCUGCUUGUGCGUCACAGCACAACUGCCUGUCAUUGGCUCGUCGAGUUGUGGUCCCAACUUCCCCAAGGCAUGCCUGUGUGGACGCGAGCUCUACGAGGGCAGCAUAAGUUACAUAGUCAACUGCACAAACACAGGCAUACACAAUACCAGCGUACUUGAAUUCAUGCCGGAUGAGGUGGAAAUCCUAAUCUUCACCGGCAAUAUUGUACUCGAAUUGCCUUGGAAUGUUUUCGGCUCGAUUAACGACUAUAAGAAUCUGAAGAUCGUCGAUAUGAGCAACAAUCACAUACGCGAAAUACGUGGCAAAUCCUAUCACCAUGUGCAAAAUGUGGAACGUUUGAUUUUGAAUCACAACAACUUGAGCAUUUCACGCGACGACGACGAAGUCAAUCACCACCAUCCACGCGUAUUUUCGAACUUUCUGAAUUUGCAAAGUUUACAUCUCACCGACGCAUUCGAUGACAACAGUUCACCGCAGUUGAGCGAAGAUUUGCAUGAUAUAUUCGUCAAUAGCCAGCUGGUGAAAUUGCAGAAGCUACAUCUGGAGCAAAAUGAGAUUACACACUUCAAAGACCGCAACGUCUUUUGCGAUCUGCCCAGCUUGCGUGAUCUACAUUUGGGUGAUAAUUUGCUGAAAGAGAUCAACUUUGAAGUGCGCUGCCUAAAGAACCUACGCUUUCUCGAUUUGGAGCGCAAUAAAUUCGAAUAUGUGAAGACGCACGACAUGAUGCUGCUCAACGAGCUGGAGACGAGCACCGACCGCACCACCAACCUCAUUGUCGACUUCAAUCUCAAUCCAUUCGUUUGCGACUGCAAGAUCAGCUCAUUUCACACCUGGGUGCUGUCAACGAAUGUAACGGUACGCAAUAAGAAUACGCUAAUGUGCUACCGCAACGAUGUGGAGCCACUGCCCAUAAUGGAGCUGAAUAUGGAAGGAUGUGCGACAGCGGUAGCGGCUGCCAGCAUGAUGUUCAAUACAGCGACAAAUUUACACUACGGCAGUAGCGGGUCGGAUGAGAGUGCAGGAGGCGAGGGUGGUGCUGGCGCGACGUCCGGACGACCGCACAUGAAUCAACACACCGUGACACUUAUCUUCCUGCUUAUUGUGUUGAGUAUGAUAUUGCUCGGAUUGGUGGUGGCGCUGGUUUAUGUGAGCCGUGAGCGCAUCAAGUAUAUGAUUACGCCGGUUUUCGACAAUGUAGCCAAAAAAGUGCAAUACACAUCGAUCAAAGAUGAAGAUUGUCCGGAAGUGUAUGUUUAAAGUGUGCAAAUGAAAAAGCGAACGAAUGUGCGAGGCGAGCAAUCGAUGAGAUGAGAAAUGGGCGGCCAUAUUCAUUGACAGCCAUUACAUAUUGACAGUUGCUGAAUAAAA